AUGAUUCCUAUCAAGGUGCGAUUGUACUUGUCCUCCCGUGCUGAGAUGAAUGAUGUGAUUACCCGCGCCAAAGCGGCUGUGUUAGGCCUUCGAGUGCCAUCACCAAAAGUGCCCGAACAAUCACCAGUUCAGCAAGAACCGGUCCAGAACUGGCAGGCGAAUGCAUCACCGGUGCAGCAGCCACAGUAUGCUCCACCACCUGCUCCUGAACAUCCAAUGAAACCAUCAUCAUUUGCACCCGAUCCAGCUGAAUUCAACAAGCCGCUUUACAUGCGUGCUGAUAGUCCACACAAUGGUGAAUACCGGGGCUAUCAACGAGGUUACCCACCUGCUCCUAUGGAUAGUUAUCCUCCAGCACAACAAAUGCAGCAAAAUAGUCGCCCAGCAAUGCCGCCAAGAGAUGAGGGUAUGUAUGAAAGAAAAUAUCCUCCCGCUGAGCCAAAAAGAUUUCCUCCUGAAAUGCCUCAUAGACCACCUUACCAGAGUAAUCAGGCGGAGCAACGUCUAUCCGAUACGGCGCCUAGAUUCUUCAGCGCGCCUCCACGAAAUCCGAAUUUAAAUCGCCCAAUGCAACCUGGAAUUGGCAUGCCACCCCGUGGCAUUCCAAAUCAGUCGCUCAGAGAAGAUCAAAAAGCUGCAGGACCUGCCAGUGACGGCAGCUAUGGGCCGCCUUACAGGUCUCCAUACGGUGGACCACCCGGACAUCCUCGUGGACCGCCGGGAGCAGUGCAGUCGAGCCGAUCUAUGGAAGAGGGUGCUGAUGGAAGAGAACAUCCACAUGAAAGAUACAAUGGGCCAGUUGCACUGCAGCAAGAUGAUCGAAGGCCGCCAGCUGGGGGUCCCCGUGCGCUGUUCCCUCCGAUGAACCGUCAAGACGGACCUCCUGUCAAUGGUGGUGCUCCUCCUGGAUCUGGUCCUGGUUUAUGGAGAGAUGAUGAUGGGCCACCUUAUGGUGGAAAUGGAUCAUCGUGGCCGUCGAACAUGCAUAAGCCUGGUCCUAACAGUGGCCCACCGACCCGGAAACCUCUGAUUAGUAAGCCUCCCUCGGCCUUCAACGAUGACAGACCAUUGCUUCAGAAGCCGGCAAUGCCACCUGCAGGACGACCGGGUGGUCAUCAACCGAUUCCGCCACCACAGCAGAUGAGGCAGCCGCAACCGCCGAUGAAUAGAACACCUUUGCUCGGUCCAAACUUUGGUAGCGGACCCAAUAUCCCGAGGCCAGCACCACCCACUCCAAAAUACAUUGAAUUGAGCCGUCUACCAACAGAAAUGCUUCGUCCUGCGGUUCUAGAGCAAUUUCUUAGACCAUCUGUCCCUCUACAGGUUUCAUCUGUGAAAGUGGUUUAUAGCAGUCAAGGAAUUCAUAUGAAUACGCUUGUACGACUUGACAACCCAGCUGACGCUGAUGUUGUGCUUAACAGAGAUGGAGAGCUGGGCAUUCGGGUCCGACCUACAACGAAGGCUAUAUUCGAUGAAGCAGUGGACGGACUUCCUCCAGCGGUACUCAGCGCUACGGAAGCAGCAGCAGCUGCUGGUGUUGGUGAGAACGCUGAUAGUAAGCGCGACUCAGAACAUACGCGACGUCGUUCACGUUCCCGCAGUCGCGAAAGACGCCGCAACAAGCGUGAUCCGUCACCCCGUAAAAGGCAAAGAUCACGUACCCGAAGUCGCGAUCGUCGUGCUUCUCGCCGCUCCAGGAGUCGUUCAGCUCCAAAACGAUCACGGCAGACGACAGGCUCAACGCGAUGGUGCCUGCAGUUAACGAACGUGCCGUUCCGAUGCACCGAGCAGGAGCUUAUUGGGUGGAUGUCAGAGCGAGUCAGGCCAAGCAAGGUAACGCGUACGUUCUAUGCUGAUGGGAAUGCUUCCGAUCGAUGGAUCGCAGAAUUCGAGAGCGAGUCAUUGAUGGAGCGUGCUUUUGGAAUCAAACGGCUUCUGAUAGGCCGCACAGUGAAAAUGUGUCAUAUUGAAAAUGACCUGGCCGAUGAAUUGCUAAAGAUUGAAGACAAAUAUGGCGAGCGUCGGAAAGAGAGCUGCGAAAAGACGGCCACUAUCAUAGAUCAUCGAGAUUCUAUCAAACCACUGAUGGCUGAACCCGUGAGCAGCUUUGGUCUUGGAGUAGAUCGCGGUGCACCUGUCUCCUUUUUCCCUCCUCCCGCUAGAAAUGCUGCUAUAGCACGUGGCGUAUCAGCGUUUGGUCCUGGAGGUUAUCCUGGUGCGAACGGAGUCAACAGUAUGAUAGAUGCAGGUCCUGGAGCACGAGGAAGGGGCAUGGGAAGAGGAUUUCCACCAUCGUCGUUCCCUCGUGAUGGGCCCAGAGGCCGAGGACGUGGUGCAUUUGACAGUGGAACGAGCGGAACACAGGUGGUCAUCGGUGGACAAUGCAUUGGGCUGAAUACGUACAUGAUAUGCUUACGGAAAACCACGAUGAAAACCAGAAAUUCGAAACCACCUAAGAGUCCAGAACCGGAGCCGGCAGCUGCCACCGAUGAUCUCGUCGCUUCGUUAGGCCCUCGAGGAACAGUUGUGUCAUGCUGCGGAUUCCCCUCUGACGUCACCAUGGAAGAUGUGCUUGGAUUUUUCAAAGGCUAUCCGGUUGAUCCUAACUCUGUUCGCAUUCGAAUGGGCGACGACGGUAUUCCAACCGGAGAGUGCAUGCUGGCCAUGAAGAAUCCUGAGAUAAGCACUCCUGCAAAAAACCUAAAGGCGCAUCGCACAGUAAUGUGA